AGACAACUGAAACGCCCAAGGCAUCAAGCAUCAGACCAGGACCAAGCGCUGACAUGCAGUCUGACUGGAAUCCACGAGCAGCUAGGGGAAGAUAUGCAGGAGCUGCAACCAGCCAAAAUACUUUGGUUUUUUUUGACCUGGAAACCACCAGCUUGGGUGUCUCGCAGUGCGACAUUGUCCAGCUAUCUGCUGUCUGUGGUGACAGGACCUUCAACAAGUACGUGAUCCCAAGUCACAGCAUAACUGCGGGGGCGUCCAGGGUGACGGGUUUCACGGUGGAAGGCGGCAGGCUCCUGCAACACGGGCGCCUCAUGCGGACCGUCCCCCUGGGACAAGCGCUCUUUGAUUUCCUCACUUUCCUGCGCGGGUUCCACAGACCCAUCCUGGUGGCACACAACGCGCUCGACUUCGACGCCCCCAUCCUCCUCCGCAACCUGAGCAGUUUCUCCCUCUGUAAUGAGCUGACGCGGAUCAUCGUAGGCUUCCUGGAUACCUUACGGCUCAGCAGAGACCUCCCGGAAUGCUCCGGGCUCACGAAGUUCUCGCAGGAAUACCUUGUUAAAUGGUUCCUGGGCAAGUCUUACAUGGCACAUGACGCUCUGGAAGAUUCCAAGCUCCUGCAGGAACUGUUCCGUGUUUGGAGUCCGAGCCAAAUGCUCUUAGACAAACACCUGUAUCCAAUAGAUCAGGUACAAUUCUAGCUUCCAGUUUCCAAAGCUAGCGGGUACCCAGGAGGAAUGUUUACAGGGUAGGGCAAUCCCCUAGUUAAGAAUACCCGACUUGCGAACCACUCGUACUUACUAUUAUAAAUUCGGGUUAAAUACAAUGAUUCAUAACAACAAACGCACGCAUUUCUUUGUGAUGCUCGUGAAAAUGUUGCGCGACUUCAGCGGUUCGUCGGCUCCAGUCACAAUACAGUACCGUACUUAGUUAUUUUUAUUGUUAAUUAUUAUUAAUAACAAUAAUAAUAAUAAUAUAGUAAUAAUAUUUUAAUAUAGUGUUAUUUUUCCGACAUUCGGAGCGGAACUCUUUGGUAACCUGGGCAGUGCCCUGUAUUUUUGAUGUCUAGGUCUGGUAUCCGUUAAAUGUGCCUCUAUAAAAUGGUGCUUUUUUUCAUUUAGCAAAUUGUCAUCUCACAGCUUCUCAUAUGGAUGUUAAAAUGACAUACGUUUACUUUAACUGCGUAAGUUCAUUUUUUUUGCCAUUGUUAAACGUAACUGCAUCACCAGCAAAAUAAUUUUAAUAUGCCAUAAUUUUAGUCAAAAUACUUACACGUCAUUUUCCACAUUACUGACACGAAAUCAUGCCUUUUAUUUCAUUGUAUGUACUUUUGCUUAAGAGUGAACUAUGGACCAAACUCGUAAAUGCAUUCUAGUCGUGUAUUCCAUCUUUACUCUUUAAUAAAAUUACGUCUAC